AUGGAGCUCCGACUGCUCGCCACGACGCCUUCGGCCUCGCUGCCGCCACGCGGCCUGCGCCUCACCGCCGCCGUUGCUUCACCUCCAGCUCUUGGAGCUCUCAAGGCCUUCGCGGAGGGCGAGGAGGUUUUCUUGCAGCCGGCCUUCGACGUCUCCCGUGGCUUCGGCACCGACCCUUCCGAGAACUUUGUCGCUCGGAACCUCGAGAUCCGGUAUCAGGUCUUCAGCCGGAGUGAUUGGUUGCGCGUCGACCUCGAAGCCCUCGGGCCGGAUUCCGUCCUGGUCUCCGGUCGGCCGCUCCGGGGAACCUCCCUCGGCAUCUCGGCACCCGGGUCCAUUGAGAUCCAAGUCAUCUCCAGCUUCAGCCGCCAGACCACGACGUACUUCCUCGAAGCUUUCAGGUCUUGUGACGGGCCGUGUCCAACCGAAACCUCCACAACGGCAACGACGACCCGCAUCACUUCCACGCUCCUCCCGGGCGUCUCGACCACCACCACGACGUACACCACGACCCAGACGCAGGACACAGAUCACGUGGUCGGACUGAUGACCCUCACGGCGCUGAACUGCCCAGCACUCCGAUCCCAGGAAGGGAAGAGCCGAUUGGAGUUUGGGCUCGCCCAAAUCGCCCAGGUGGAGGAGGCGGUGGUGAGUGUCUCUGUGUGGUGCGAUGGGCGCCGGCUCUCGAGCUCGAGGCAACUGCAGGUGAGCCCGGUGGAGCUCCUGUACUCGAUGGCCUCGGUGGUGGUGGGCGGGGGCAUCGCCACGGCAGACGUCGUGAGGCGCCUGGAAUUGGAGUCUCCGGAGACCAUGACCCAAAAGCUUCAGGCUUCCCUGGAUGCUGACGGCUUUCCCGUGGUGCUGGAAGUCCUGAGCUUGGAGGCCAUCCAGGUGAACCCUGAUCCCACCACCACGGCGACGAGCAGCACCUGGACCUUCACGUCCUCCACGGGGACAGCCACUGCAACGACAAGCACCGCAACGACCACUUCGGCCACGGUGAGCGCUACAAGCUCGCUGACCCUCACGGCAACUUCAAGCACCAGCAGCAGCAUCACGAAAACCCAAAGCACGGCCACCAGCUUCACUUCGACAAGCAGCAUCAGCAGUAGCUCAACUACGACCGCGAGCUCCGCCACGACAGAAACGACAACCCAGAGCACAGUCAGCACUACUUCGGCCACGACAAGCAGAACCAUCACUUGGACAGCGACCUCAACGCGAAGCACCGCAACGCACACAACAAGAACACUAACAUCCAGCUGGACUGCUACAGCCACCGAGCCUGCCGUUUCGACGACCGCGACGCAGUCGGUCACCGCUGUCACCACAACCACUUCGAGCUCCUCUGCAACUACUAUCUCCUCAAGCUCGACAGAAACCGUGAGUUCGGCCACCCAAACGGCUUCUGUGACCAGCAGCCUGUCUUCGACGAUGUCCUCCACGACUUUGUCUUCAAGCUUCACCGCCACCGCCACCUCCUCGUCGUCCACCGUCACAGAGACCUCUUCCACGCUGACCUCCACCUCGAAGUCCACGUCCACCACGCUCUCCUCCUCCACAACCGCCUCCUCCACGACGGCCUCCUCCACGACGCGCACCACAAGCCUCUCCAAGACCUCCACAACGAGCACCACAACCAGCACCGCGUCUUACACCAGAACUUCCUCCAGGACCGGGACCGCCACUUCGGCAACCGAGACUUCCACCAGCUCUUCGACAAGCAAAAGUGGCACCUCGACGCUCACGACCUCCACGUCCUCCAGCAUCUCCAGAACCUCCAGCACCGUUUCUCAAACAUCGAGCACCUACACCAGCGUCACAAGCACAUGGACGCGAAGCAGCACCACCACCGAGACCUUCACCACUGCCACAAACACCAUCACCUUUGCAGAUGGCUUCGGCUACAUCUUCGGCGAGGCGCGGCUUGCGGAGUGCCCUUCCGCGGGGAGCGACGAGCGGCAGCCGGAGCUCCUGGAGGCGCUGGCCCAAGGCAUCGCCUCCCUCGCCGAGGUGGAGGCCUCCCUUGUUGUGGAGCUUCAUCUCUGCCCGGACCAGGAGGCCCGAAGGCUACAGGCGGCCUCGCCCAGGCUGGAGUACGGGAUCCACAUCCCCUCCGACAGGGGGCUGGAGCUCUUCCCGCGCGCCUUCGCGGCGCUCCAGGCCGCCACUGCUGUGGCCCUGCAGGCGGCGCUGAACGCGGCGCUCCGGGGCCAAGGCUUUGAACGGUCAAACCUGACCGUCGAAGACGCCUCCGUUUCCUCCGGGGCCCCUCCCACGACGCGAACUAGCUCCACAGCGACCAGCACCACCACAACGACCACCAUCUUAUGCCCCGGAAAUCCUGUGUGCUCCGGUUCUGGCAGCUGCGUCCAGCAGGAGACAGGUGACUGGGCUUGCGAAUGUCGAGAGACCUUCUCGGGCGAGGAUUGCACGAUUCGUGAGUGCCCACCCUGCGCGAACAAUGCGAGCUGCCUCGAGGGCCCGCAGGACCUUGAGGCGGUUUGGGGAUGCGAUUGCAUCGAGCCCUACUAUGGGCCUCGCUGUGAAGAGAAGCGCUGCCCCGGAAACUGCACCAACGCCGGUGACUGCGACACUGCCACGGGCUUGUGCUCCUGCUUUGCAGGGAGUUUGGGCGAGGACUGUGCCCAGCGAGAGGUUCCUCUGACGAACGCCAUUGAGAUCGCCAUUGUGUUCGGCUUGCUGGGUUACGAAGACGAGAACAGGUCAGCACCAGCUUAUGAUGGCUCGGUGGAUCUCUUGUCCCCGGCAGUGCAGGCCCAUCUGCUGCGGACCUGCACCGAGGCCCGUGCCGACGCGCGGCUCCUGGUGAAGAGCGAGCUCAGCUGCUGGAUCGAGAGCUUCGCCGAGUUCAUGCCUUUGGUCGGAGGAGCCUUCCCUGUGAAUGACUCCGAGAUGGUCCAGGAAGCCUUCCAGGCCUUCAUGCACCAGAACGUGGCCAGUUUGAAUAGUUAUCAGAAGGAUGUCCGGACAGCUGGCGAGGACUUUGCAGGCCGUGUGAUGUUCUCCAGGCUCCGCAUGAAGGUGAACAUGGCGGUGAAUGCUGCAAAGGAGCAGAAGGAUGUGGUUCGGCAGCGCUGGCAGGACUAUGUAGAGUCCUUGAACCAGAGGGCCCCGCCAGAAGCUGGACAAGCCAUGAUGGUGUCCUGGGUGUGGACCAGCAUGGCUCUUGAGGAGUCCGUCUUUUCCAGCACAAUCCUGGCCUUUUCACUUUCCUUAUCCACUUCGAUGGUGGCGGUGGCCCUCUUCACCCGCGACAUAGUGCUGGCCUCCUAUGUCUGCUUGAACAUUUUGCUGGUGGUCUCGGUCCUCUCGGGCUUCCUCCUGAACGUCCUGGGCUACGACUUCGGCGUGGUCGAAGCGAUCGGCGCAACGAUCUUCGUGGGCCUCAGUGUUGACUAUUGCCUCCAUCUAGCACACGGAUACCACACGGCCAGUGGCCGGCAGGCCAAGGUACGGGUGCACCAUGCGCUCGUAAUGCUGACGCCGACCAUACUGGGAGGCGCCCUGACCACGAUUGCCGGCUGCGCGUUCCUACUUCCGUGCCGCAUCUUGCUUUUCAGAAAGCUUGGUUGGACCUUGAUGCUGAACGCCAUCAUCGCCAUCACGUACACCUUCACGUUCCUUGCGCCACUCCUGAUGAUA